UGAAGCGGCGAAAACAAGAAAAAAAGAUGGUUCCUUUUUGUCUCUGGGGAUUCGUUCUUGUGACCCUUCGCUGAAAAGUAUAGGUCUUUCUUCUUCACUCUGAAUCUCGCCGAUUUGAGAGAAAUGGGUGGUGAUUGGUUUCAGCUCGCGCAGUCUCUAAUCUUCGGUUUGAUCUUCGCUUACCUUCUCGCCAAGCUGAUCUCCAUCCUCGUCGCGUUUAAAGACGACAACCUCUCCCUCACUCGCAGCCACGACGCCGCCCAAUCGGAGAAUGAAUACUACCGGAAGGUCGAUUCUUCAGCCGGCGAGACGGAUUCUCUGGUGGCGGAGCAAGGAAGCUUGAGAGGUGAUGAAGACGAUGACGACGAUUGGGAAGGUGUGGAAAGUACGGAGCUUGACGAGGCAUUCAGCGCUGCGACGGCUUUUGUCGCUGCCGCUGCUUCGGACAGGCUUUCGCAGAAAGUGUCGAACGAGUUGCAGCUUCAGCUUUAUGGCUUCUAUAAGAUUGCUACCGAAGGAGCUUGUACUGCUCCUCAGCCUUCAGCUCUCAAAAUGACUGCUCGUGCUAAGUGGCAAGCAUGGCAGAAAAUGGGUGCAAUGCCAGCUGAGGAAGCGAUGGAGAAGUACAUCGACCUUGUUACUCACUUGUACCCAGCUUGGGUUGAAGGUGGCUCGAAAGGAAGAAAUCGUACUGGUGAUGCUGCAGGAUCCAACUCCAGAGCACCCAUGGGACCGGUGUUUAGCUCAUUGGUGUACGAAGAAGAAUCCGAUAAUGAGUUGAAGAUUGAUGCAGUUCACGCCUUUGCUAGAGAAGGAGAAGUGGAGAAUCUAUUGAAAUGCAUAGAAAGUGGCAUUCCCGUAAAUGCAAGAGAUAGUGAAGGUCGGACACCGCUGCAUUGGGCUAUAGAUCGUGGCCACUUGAAUGUUGCUAAAGCUCUAGUUGAUAAGAACGCCGAUGUUAAUGCUAAAGACAAUGAAGGCCAAACCGCUCUGCACUACGCUGUUGUGUGCGAAAGAGAGGCUCUUGCAGAGUUUCUAGUGAAGCAGAAAGCUGAUACAAGCAUUAAAGAUGAAGAUGGGAACUCGCCUCUUGAUCUCUGUGAAUCAGAGUGGUCUUGGAUGCGAGAGAAGAAGGAUUCUGAUUGAGAUUUUGUAGUCUCUGAACUGUGUGUUCAAUGUCUUAAAACAGAGGUGUUUCGUAUACCUUUCUUGUUACUUUGCUUCUGUAACGGUUUUAGGCUACCUCAAAGCAUUUUGCAUAAAACUAACGGUUUUGUUUGUUA